GAGUUUGGGAGCAGUAAGGUAUUAUACGGUUUUUAAGUGGUUUAAGCUGAUCCAAGUGCUAGUAUCGAUCCGGCCCUUAGAGUUGAGUCAUGACAUUUUUAAUUCAAUAAUAAUGAUAAUAAUGAAUUAUACAAGGGAAAUAGUCCUUUCUUCUAAUAUUUUUAAUAAUAAAAGUAUAUAAAUUGACAUUGCUCUAGCAGUCCGCAGCCACAUGAAGCUAAACAAAGGCAUCUAGGCAAUUCUUCUGUAGCACCAAUGGUAGUUCGUCUUACAUUUUGGGCCAUUCUCGUCCUGCUUAUGGUAGGAAAUGCGCAAGGCCGGGGAAUUAGAAGAUCUGGGCAAGUGGUGUCUGCCAGAGUAGUCGAUCACCUUGAUCUUAACUCUUCGACUCCAAGUUCAACAGCCCUGAAUUCUACAAAACACUCAUGUGCUCACUACUAUGGUUUCCUCCCAUGCGCUAGCAACAUUCCAGGCUACAUCUUCCAAAUCGUAGUCCUUGAGUAUUUGCUGCUUGUGGGUGACAAAAUCUUAACAAAGGGUAGACAGCAACUCUUCAGCAUCCUCGGCGUCGGUAUUUAUGGUGCCACUGUGUUUCGCAUCCUAGCAGUGCUACCCACUAUCGUUCUAGUCCUUGCAUCUGGACUUGCUCAGAACAAGGAGGCUGCUCAAGUUAGAAUUGAGAAUGGAGCUGGCUCUCUUGCUGGAUCUACCGUUUUUUACUUGACAUUACAGUGGGGAAUUUGCGUCUUUCUCGGCAGAAAUAAAGUAACUAACAAGGAAUCAUCACCUCCUCCUCAGCAGGAUUCAUCAAAAGCCUCAACUCCUGCAGGGUGUUUGCAGGUUAAACAACGUUUAUCAAAAUUAAAAGAAUAUGGAGUAGAGACCGACAAGAAGACGAGUACCACAGCAGGGAUAAUGCUUCUGUCACUGAUUCCAUUUAUAAUUGUGGAAAUAGCUGGUAGCUUCAAGUCAAGGCCAUGGAGCCACAUAGUGACUCUCACGGUAUCCGUCGCAGCACUAGUUUCAUACUUUUUCUUUCAGUCCCGUCAUCAGUGGAUCCAACAAAGAAGUUUAGAAUAUUCAAGGGAUCAGCUGCUGCUUGCUGGAUUCUUGGAUCAUUUGCAGAAGUAUGCUAAAAGAACACUUGUCAAUGACGAAGGAAAUGUUGAUGCUUCUUGCAUUAAAAGGACAUUUCAAAAGAUCGAUAAAGAUAAUGAUGAUCACAUAUCAAAAGCUGAACUCAAAGAAUUCCUAGCAAAUAUGAAGUCUGAGUAUUUGGAACUUCAUGAUGAAUCUGCAAUUAACGAACUAAUGAAGCACUUCGACCAGGACAGUAAUCAUAAGAUAACUGAGGAUGAAUUUCACAGUGGAUGUGAAAAGUUUGUCUGUCAUGCCAAAAAAAUGGUUGCUGAUAAGAUUGACUGCUCUAAACAAUAUUUACCAAGGAUACAUCAAAUGGUUCAACCAUGGAUUGAUAGGAAUAAGAGAAAAUUACUCGAAAUUGAGGAGCAACUGUCAAAAAUUUUAAACACUGCCCAGAACGAACAACUUGCUUGCCUUCUCAACAAUGGAAAACCUGAUGAAGAUAAGAUAAGAAGCCUCUUUGUAGAGUUUGACCAAAAUGGAGAUAAAAAGUUGACAGUUCAAGAACUGAAAGAACUGAUUGCGAGCAAAUUUAAGAGUGUAAAAUUGGAACCCGAUGAUUUGGUGGCGAAAAUGAUGAAAGCUUUUGACAUGGACGAGGACCAUGUGCUGCAUGAGGAAGAAUUUUUGGAUGGAUUCAAGAAAAGGCUAGUCGAUGGUACUAGCUCUCAAUUCUUUAAUGAAUGCCUACAGAAAGAGCAAAGCAGUAUCAGGAAAAUGCCAAAACGUUCUCUCAUGAAAGCUUUAUUUGGAGUUGGUCUUGGAAUUGCAGUUGUGUCUUCCCUUGGAUUGCCUCUGAUAAAUAAUACUCAACUCUUAUCAGAACGCUUAGGCAUACCUUCUUUCUUCAUUUCAUUUGUAGUACUUCCUUUUGCUGUAAACUUCAAAACGGCAAUGGCAAACAUCUAUCCUGCAAGUCAAAAGAAGGAAGGAGCAUCUUCAAUAAUGUUUUCAGAGAUUUAUGGAGCAGUAUUCAUGAACAACAUUCUAGGCCUAUUGACCCUUCUAGCACUCAUGUGGGCAAGAGGCCUUUCAUGGGAUUUUUCAGCUGAAGUGCUAGUACUAGUGGUGGUUAGUGCAAUAAUAGGUCUAAUGGGCUAUCGGCGCAACAAAUACCCAUUUUGGACUUGUUUCUUGGCAUUUUCUUUGUACCCAUUGUCUCUGGUGCUGUUCUAUGUAAUUCAUUUUCUUGUGGGCUGGAAGUAGGACUUAGAAUGAAAUCCUUAGAAUGAAAUCUAACCCUGUGUUUAUGAUAUAAUACCCUGCUAAUAAAUAAGUUGUGUUUUGUCUA